CCCACUGCAGAUGAAGUGAACUUGCUGGAUAAACUGACUUCAUAUGCCCAGGACCUCAGCAACAUUUCUCUCAGCUAUGAUGAAACCAACUGUAGCAUCUUGGAGAUAGGGCAGUACUCCACUCUCAGUGUGCCCACCAGGGAGGUGUUUGGAGACAGGUUUGCAGAUGAGUUGAGUGUGCUGCUGAAACUCAGAUACUCUCUGAAGGAGGAGACUAGCCUCUUGACUAUCCUCAGUCAUCACAGCCACAUGCUGUUCCAGAUACGGAUUAACCCCUAUGCCUUAGUCUUUGUCACCACCAGGAGGCGCCAUUAUGAGUUCCCAAUUACCACCCUGGGAGAUGGGGACUGGCACCGAGUUGCUCUCAGCAUCACUUUGGAAAGACUGGAGCUGCGUGUGGACUGUCAACUGGUUGAGAGUGUGAGCUGGUCCAAUUACUUUGGGAUGGGAGUCACCACUGAAGGGCUGGUCAUCAUUGGAGGCCUGAUUGAACCCUUUGAGAUUCCUUUUGAGGGUGCUCUGCAGGAGCUGACCUUUAUGAUGGGAGACCCAGGGGCUGCCCAUGAACAGUGUCACAGCUACAAUGCAAGCUGUACCAGCGCUUUUGGCAUGGCACCUUUCCACAACUGGACCCACUUCUUGUGGGAGCUUUCCACAGAGAGCUCAAAUUUUACCAAUCCAGACUUGGCCUUGAGGCCAACCCAGGUGUGGGAAGAUCCACAAAAGAACCAGAGCCCAGAAUCCAGUGGAAGCGCCCUCACAUCAGCCACUGCUACUAAGAGGCCCUUUGUCAAGGAGGAGGAUGAAGGAAAUCUUUCUAUUGAGGAGGAAGGUUUUGAGCUUUUGAACUACACGUACAAUAAAAUCACAGGGCCUGGCAGGCCUGGAGUUGGUAGGAGCAGCCUGAAGGAAGUAAGCAAUACUAGUGAGUCUCUUACCUCAGUUACCUCUGUUUCUCCCACUGCACCUGAAGAUGCUCAGGUGGCCAAUGAGGAUUUGAAUCUGCCUGCAGCCUCCAUUAAAGUAAAUAGAUUGGCUUCUAAGAAACAGCUUGUCUCAAAAACCACAGAUGAGAAUAUCACCACGGAAAAGCUGAAGGGAGACGUGGGCAUCUGGACCUCAUUCUCACCCAGCAAACCUGUUGAUACCAUCGUAGACCUUGACAGGUCUUCUACUUUCUCCAGAGUGUCUAUAGAGGAAAGCGAGACAGCAGCCUCUUCGGGAAAUACGCCCAGACUUCUCUCUUCCAUCUCCCAUGGGAUGAUAGAGGUACCAGUGGGAAGAGGCAUGCUGGAAAACCACUCCAAAGCUUCUGGAAGCCCCAAGGAUGCUCUGAAUCCACCCCAGACACCACUGGAUGCCAGGCUGGUCCACACACGGUAUAAAAAAAGGAUUGUGCAUCAAGGGACUACUGGGAGUGACACAAAAGAUGGCACCGCUGUAGACCGUGAUCAGAGGACUGGUGACGGGCAAUUGAUUCGAGUGAAACCAGGACCCACAGGGCCACAGGGACCACCAGGUUUGCCUGGUUGUCCGGGGAGACGUGGACCAAUGGGGCCAAAAGGAGACAAAGGGCAUCCCGGACCAAUGGGGCAAACAGGUGUCCCUGGAGAUCCUGGCCCUGCAGGCAGCCCUGGGGUCCCUACCAUUGUCCUCUGGAGGAAUUCUGAGGAGGACCGGCUGGCGUUCAUGCAAUCUUCCUUUUACCAGCUUCUCUAUGCAGGGUGGCCGAGACAGCCAGGGCCUCCUGGACCCCCAGGACAUCCAGGAAAGCCAGGCCUGACAGGUCCACCCGGAUAUCCUGGGGAGCCAGGUGAAAAAGGCCAGCUGGGGUAUGUGGGGGAGCCUGGACUCCAAGGAUUUCCAGGAAGGGCUGGUUACCCUGGUUCAGAUGGGCUUUCUGGCAUGGAUGGAAAGCCUGGUCCAUACGGAUUACCAGGAGAGCAGGGUCCUCAGGGAUUUAAGGGUGACCAGGGGCCAGCUGGAGAAAAAGGAGAGGAGGGGUUUGUGGGUGACCCUGGACCACCCGGGGACAAAGGAGAAAAGGGGGCCAAGGGGGUGAAAGGAGAAAAUGGCCUUCUGGGACCAGCUGGACCUCAGGGGAUGAUGGGUGUGAAGGGUGCACCAGGGUUUCAGGGCCCUCCAGGGCCUCAGGGAGGAAUGGGCUCAACAGGUUCAUCAGGGCCAGCUGGACCAGUGGGAGAGCCAGGGCAGCCGGGGCCAGUUGGAUUGCAAGGAGUCAAUGGCUCUCAGGGAGAAAUGGGCCCUUCUGGCUUGCCAGGCCCACAGGGGCCCAAGGGACCACAAGGUUUGCAAGGGAGACGUGGACCCCCAGGGCCUAGGGGAUCACAGGGUCCAGUUGGGAUAGAAGGCCCCUCUGGUCCUAAAGGAGACCCUGGAGAAGCUGGUCCUCCUGGGCUAAGAGGAGAGCAGGGACAAGAAGGCCCCAUGGGGUUGAUUGGAGUGCCAGGCCCAAAGGGACUCUCAGGGGAGCAGGGUAGCGGAGGUCCAGAUGGAGCAAAAGGGGACAUAGGAGCCAAAGGCAACAAGGGGGCACGAGGGCUGCUGGGGACAAAAGGCCCCCCAGGAAUUCGAGGUCAAAUUGGUUUGCCAGGGUUCCCUGGACCCAGAGGGCUGGCCGGGCUCCAAGGACCUGAUGGGGAGGAAGGACAGAUCGGUCUGCCUGGCCAGAACAGCAGUGAAGGACCAAAGGGCAGUCGAGGACCAGAUGGCCCAAAGGGUGUGGCGGGACCAAGAGGACACAGGGGGCGUAUGGGCCAACGUGGGCUUGUUGGAGUCCCAGGACCCCCAGGCUUACGAGGCGCUCCUGGAAUAGAAGGCCCAGAAGGAAAGCCUGGUACACAGGGUGGAUCAGGUGUUGUGGGGAGCCCUGGCAGAAAAGGACCAGCUGGCUUUUUAGGCUUGCAGGGUGACAGAGGGCACAACGGACCUCCUGGAUUACUAGGUCCUUCAGGAAAACCAGGACCUGAUGGAGACCCGGGUUCUCCGGGACUGAGGGGUCUGCUUGGUAAACCUGGCUUGGAGGGACCUCAAGGACCUGUCGGCAUGUAUGGCUACCCAGGACCAGUUGGGGACAGAGGGAAGCCAGGACCUAUGGGUGAAAAGGGAGAGCCUGGAGUCCAGGGCCCAUCAGGAUUUCCAGGAAAAGCUGGACCCAAAGCUCCACCUGGCCCUCCUGGUUCAAGAGGUCCCCCCGGCCUCCAGGGGAGACUAGGAGACCCGGGUCCUAGAGGGCUUCCAGGAUUGCCAGGGCUUCCAGGUAGUCAAGGGACAGAUGGCACCCCUGGCAAACCUGGUGUGGUGGGAGAAAUGGGACUCCCUGGACCUAGUGGGGCUGCUGGACCUGCUGGCUAUGUGGGUCGGGAAGGUCCAGCUGGACCUGAGGGACCUGAGGGCGAGAAAGGAGAGAAGGGUGAAGCAGGAGAUCCUGGAGGAGUUGGCAUCGGUGGUCUGGAUGGAGAGCAGGGUCUUCCAGGGCUGCCGGGAGUGGAAGGUCAGCCUGGUGUCAAAGGGGAACAGGGAGAAGUUGGACUCCUAGGAGAUCCAGGUGUCAAAGGAAGCUCUGGAGAGCCAGGAGAUGAAGGGCCAAAGGGACACCCUGGGAGACAUGGGGAGCUAGGAAAAGAGGGUGAUGUCGGAGACACUGGAGAUCCGGGCGAGCCAGGCCUCAAGGGAGAAAAGGGUGACGCUGGCUCCCGGGGUCCUCCAGGAGUGCCUGGAUCAGGUGCCAGUACGGGGAAUAUUGGAGAAAAAGGCCCCAAAGGAGAUAAGGGGCAAGAAGGUUUCCUGGGCCAGGUCGGUGUGAUUGGCCUUGCAGGAGCAAUUGGAGCCAGAGGACGAACCGGAGAAGCCGGUCUCCAAGGUCUACCUGGUUUAGACGGCCCUGAGGGAGAGAAGGGGGAUCGAGGGCCACCUGGAGUGAUUGGACCAUCUGGUAUUGCUGGAUUAGAGGGAGCCCCAGGAGAGGAUGGACUAAAGGGGGACCAAGGCACGCCGGGUCCUAGCGGUGCACCAGGUUCCAGUGGGGAAAAAGGCAUCCAAGGAUUCAAGGGUUUGUUCGGGCCAGAAGGACCCAAAGGAGAUACUGGCAAGAAGGGAGAGACUGGCCAACAGGGGUUGCACGGGUCACCUGGCGAAACAGGAGCACCGGGACUACUUGGCACUGAAGGCCUGGCAGGCAAGAAAGGGGACCAGGGUGAGCCUGGAGAGCCGGGGCAAACGGGGCCUCAAGGGCAGUCGGGUCCAGAAGGGCGCAAAGGUCAGAAAGGAGAAAAGGGGGACAUUGGGCAUGAUGGGGACACCGGCUUCCCUGGCAAUCCUGGCAGAAGGGGCAAGCGAGGCAGAGCUGGACAUCGGCCCCCAAGAGGCCCCAGCGGCCCCAAGGGCUCUCAAGGUGAACCGGGGCCAGCAGGACCAAAGGGACCACAAGGAACACAUGGCAUUCCUGGACUGAAGGGGGUGAAGGGAGACCGAGGUCCGAAAGGGUCAAGGGGAGAGAAAGGCAGUGUGGGAUUUCUGGGGCCGCAAGGAGAUGAUGGAUUCAAGGGCAAGCCAGGACCCUCAGGCCUUCCAGGGAGGCCAGGACCCAAGGGAGACCAGGGCGACAUUGGCCUGUCAGGCCCACAGGGAUUCCCUGGCCUCCCUGGGACACCGGGCUUCUUUGGACAAAAAGGGCUGAAAGGGUUGCAAGGCCUCCCAGGAUGUAAAGGCAAGCCGGGCCUGCCGGGUUCACCUGGCCUUCCCGGUCCACGUGGAGCAGCCCUAAACCUCUCCAUGGAGGAACUGAAGCACCUGAUUUAUUCCUCCAACAAACUGAACUACGACACAGUCUGGGCUCUUAUGGGCAACCUGAGCCAUGAGUUGAAGCUGCUCGUUGACCACCCAAAUGGCACCAAGGACAACCCAGCAACCACUUGCAAGGAGCUGCUCUUGGCCCAGCCUCACCUCCCAGAUGGGUAUUACUACAUAGACCCCAACCAAGGCAGCCCCCAGGACUCUCUGCUGGCUUUCUGCAAUUUCACAGCGGGGGGAGAGACUUGUAUCUCUCCAGUGCACAAUCAGGUGCCCAUCAAGGCCUGGCUGAAAGCAUACGCCUCCGAGGAGACCUUUGAGUGGUUCAGUUCCCUGCCUGGGGGCUUUCUGCUGGAAUACCAGGGUGCUGGCACAGUGCAGCUUCGCUUCCUGAAGCUGCACAGCAGCGUUGCCAUGCAGAAGGUGUCAUACUCCUGCAGGCCCGAGGGCGACAAAGACGAGCCCCAGCCGGAGAAGGAAAUUAAAUUCCUGGCAGAUUCGCGGGACCAGAGCUACCUGGCCACCCUGCAGGGCUGCGUGCUGGACAAUGAGUCAUCGGUCACGGACACGAUAUUCCAGUUUUCCACGGAGCAGCUGGACCUCCUGCCUCUGCGCGACCUGGCCGUGUUUCACAACGGAGAUGCCUCCCACCAAUUUGGAUUCACAGUGGGACCGGUGUGCUUUGCCUGACAAUGGCAGCUGUUGCCAACCUGCUGCUUUUCCAGGAAACCAAAGUGCUGAGGGGAGAGCGUUUAUUGUCAAAACCUCUGGCCUCUGCCUGUGGAGCACCGUACAGCUUGUGAUAGCUGUCAGAUCUAUUUAUGACAUGUUUAGAGCUGCCUUAUGCCAUGGACUACACCUCCUCCUGAAGGAGAGUAAUGUUUACAAAAGCAAGUCUCUAUAAAUUAUAUAUAUAUAUAUAUAUGUGCGUAUGUAUAUGAAAAGGUGCUAAUUUAACAAGUGAUGGAAGAAUUGUCAUGUAAUUACAUCCAGCAGGGUCUGUUUAAAACAA